AAUAAGCUAAUGGCCUCGUCUCUUAUGUUAGUAACUAGAUGCAUAUAUGGUCCACAAAAAAUGGUCCAAAUCUAUAGUCAUUAGAAUAUGCAAUGAAAGCCUGCUUAUGGGAUCAAUUAUGGCUUAUUUUAUUGGACCAAACAGUAAAAGUUGGAAAGGACAAAUGGGUCUCAAGGGAAAGCACAUGAUUACCAAGAAGGAUCUGUUAACUAACAGCAAAAAGUGGUCUGAGGCUCCAUGUCACAGUCAUAUUCUAUAUGCCCCAAUGGAACAAGGAUCAGCCAAAAGAAAGAAGCCCAAAGAUGGAAUAAGGAUGUUAUGGUAUGAGCUGUCAGGUUUCGAUUGGUUCUUAGCGACAUUGAGUAUGUGAAGCACGAAAUUGCAGGGGAUGAUGGGGCCUUCAAACUGUAUGAGAAAGGGAUAUAAAGCAAACCCUCCACCUUCUGGAUAUGACUAACAUGAUUAUUAAUUCCCUACAACAGUUUGUGGGUCCUUUAAAGGCCCAUUAGUAACUUAAACCCAGGAUGUCAAAUGCUUAAAUAUAAUCAUUUAGGUGUUGGGUGGAAAUCUUGGGUUCAUUGUGUUUUUUCUCCUCCCUCUUCCCUCUGUGACUCCAUUGAGCUCAGUCUUAUUUCUUCUCUCUUCAACCCCGUUUCUAUUGCCUCCACUUCCAUUCAUACUCUUGUUAAGGGAGUGCCACUAUAUGUGCUGGAAAUUUGUAGUUUCAACUUGAGAUCCACCCAGAUAACUAUCCUAGAAGUUCAGGACAUCACAUGGAAGAGCAGGCUUUCGAGAUUGCAGGAUAUGUGCAAAAAGAAUUGCCUUGUUAUUUCCAUGCAAUGGCCGGGAAAAGCCUAAUUGCUGAUCCACUUGUGUUGAAUGUCAUUGCAGAGUCGGCAUGUCGAGGGGCCAAUAGAUCUGAUGAACAAUUCCCAAACAGUUAUUUGAUGGGAAAGGCAAACCAGUCUUCAUUGUGUCCUACCACAGGAAUCGGCAAAGAGAAGGUACCUGAGCAGCCCAUUAACUCUAUUAGCGCUAUCUUGAGGUUUCUGAACUCUAAUGGCGUUUCCUCCACAAAAGUGAACUCCAUUAAUCCUAACUUAGAAUCAAAUCAAACCCAACUCGGUUUAAAUGAUCCACCUUCUUCUUCACCCUCGUCUUCUACAACACCCUCCGCACCAGUUUUACGUCUACAAAUCCCUGAGACUCUUCAAGACUCUCAGGUAGUUAAAAACCAGAGUUGUGAACCCAUAACCACUCCAAAUUUAGAUCUUUGUCAGAUUGAGCUUCAGCUCUUUCGAAAGCAGCAAGAGCUAGGUCUUGGGUGGCUUCAAACCCAUCACAGGUUUGCGAGUUCUCCAUCAAAUGUCUACCAUCUUCAGAGUAAACAAAGCAAUGGUGGACAUGGGCAAUUGCCAAACUUUCUUGGGCCAAAAACCCAACGCAUGAAAUACAUGGGAAGACCAUUGGAGGGCCCUAAAUCUUCAUCUCCCAAGCUUUACAGAGGGGUGAGGCAGAGGCAUUGGGGGAAGUGGGUUGCAGAGAUAAGAUUACCAAGGAACAGAACCAGAGUUUGGUUGGGUACCUUUGAUACUGCAGAAGAAGCCGCAUUAGCUUAUGACACAGCCGCUUAUAAACUCAGAGGAGACUAUGCGCACUUGAAUUUUCCAGACCUUAAGCAUAGGCUGAAGGCUAAUUCAAAUGGUUCUUCCUCUCAUUCUGCAACUGCUGCACUUUUAGAUGCAAAAUUGCAAGCUUUUAAUAAGAGUUUGACUCCUCAGAAAGAGACCCAAAAAGUCAUUGACCAACCCAAGCUACCUCUUCAUCAAGAUACAGCGAUCACAGCUCCCUCAAAUCAAGUGAAGAAGGAAACCCACCAAGAAUCUCCAAGUAAGUCUGAUUGGUCUGAUAUGGAUGAGGUUCUAUUGAGUAGAAUGCCCUCAUUAGAUCUGGAGACUAUUUGGGAUGAACUUCCUGCUGCAUGAUUCUCACUGUUAAGUUUUUUAAACUUUUUCCAUUUUGGUGUAUAAUUGGGGAUUCAGAUUACGUGAAUUUGCUCUGUUCGAUAAGGGAGAACACACUUUUCUGAACCAGUUGGAGGCCCAUGGAUUAGGGAAGAACAUUUCUUCAUGAAUCACUAGAAACCAGGCUUGUAGGCCUCAUCUGCAAAUGUUUGUUUAGCUUAAGUUCUGGUUAUUGAUCCAUUUUGAUCUUGGUUAUCUCAUGAGACAUUCAUUAGAAAGAUCUGGUGAUGUUUCUGAGAAUUGAUCAUUAUGUCUCUAUCUCAUACUUGCAGGGAAACAUUGUCAGAUACAUGAUCAUGUUCUUUUUGAGUUUUCAACUCCUUCCCGCUUCCAUGAGAAAAAAUGGAAGUGCAAAAAGAAAAUGUAAUAAUUUUAGCAAUGUAAUCAUUUAUUACAUAUUAGGUUACUAAUUGACA